AUGUGCCAAGGAUUAAGAGAAAUUUCCACCACGCAGAAAUCUCAUCCGUCAGCCAUGAGAGCGCUCAUCGAGAGGCAUCAGAGGAUUAUAUCCUUAUCGAACAGUAUCAACAGUUAUUUCUCAUUCGUUGCACUGAUACAAUUCGUAUGGAAUACCGUAGUUAUCUGUUGCGUAGGAAUCAUGAUUGUAAUAUCCCUAGGCACGGACGUGGAGGGUAAAUCCGGAUUAUUAAUGCAAUCCAUCAUUCCGUAUAUCGCUGUUACGUUAGAGGCCUUUGUUUUCUGUUUUGCCGGCGAGUACCUGAGUACGAAGAGCAAGUCCAUCAGCGAUGCGGUGUACGAGACACUUUGGUACGAUCUCUCCGCUAGCGAAUGCCGAGUCUUGUUGUUGAUAAUCAUCAGAUCCCAGAAGCGACUGACGAUCACCGCUGGAAAAGUCAUGGACCUGACUUUGGAAGGUUUUACUACCGUAAUGAAAGCUUCGGCGUCGUACAUGUCGAUAUUGCAUGCAAUGUACUGAAAUUCAAAUCGGCCUAUUCCGAUUAAUUAGCUUUAUUCAUCGAU